AUGGUAAAGAAGUAUAUCAACCGUCCGAUCGCCUGUAAGCUCAGUUUCAGAGAUCUCCCCUAUCGUCUACGGAUCUGCUUUUUAUAUUGUAGCAUCUUUCCAGAGGAUUAUCUCAUAAAGAGGAAGAGGCUAAUCCGGCUGUGGGCUGCAGAAGGUUUUGUCAAAGAAGAGGAGGCAGAAGAGAACCUCAACGAGCUCAUUCGUCGAUGUAUGCUUCAAGUUGUGAAAAGGAAUCAUUUUGGUCGACCGAAGUUGUGCAGAAUGCAUGAUAUUUUGAGAGAGUUAUCUUGGAGAAUAUCUAAAGAAGAAUACUUCGGCAUGAUUUACAAUGAUGAAGAAGCUGAAUGGAUCGAAGCUCGCCGCUUAUCAGUUCAAAAGGGCAUCAAAGAUUUGGAUCCGCACAGAGGUAUGUCAAAUGUUCGCUCUUUCUUGGUGUUUGACAUGACUAGUUUCCCUUUGAAGUCAUGGAUUUCAAGGUCAACUAGCUUUCGACUUCUGCGGGUUUUGGAUCUAGAAGGAUCAGUUCCCAUUGACACGGUUCCAAACGAAGUGGCCAUGUUAUUCAACUUGCGUUACCUGGGUUUAAGGAGAACCUUGGUGAAGGAGCUUCCCAGAUCUUUGGGAAGACUGAGAAACCUACAAACAUUAGAUCUUUAUGAUAGUAAAAUUGAGAAGCUGCCUCAUGGGAUAACUCAACUCAAGAAUCUGCGGCAUUUGUUCGUGGAGAGUAUUCGCGACCCCGUUUUUGCUCAGUUGGCUAGUGAUCCUGGUGUUAAAGCACCCAAAGGGAUAUGGAAUUUGAAGAACUUGCGGGCUCUGCAAUCAGUAGAAGCAGAUGAAGACAUGGUCCGACACCUGGGUAAUUUGACACAGCUGAGAACCUUGAGAAUAACCAGAGUAAGAGGCAUGCAUUCAGUGGAGCUGUGUUCCUCCAUAUCAAAGAUGAGCCAUUUGGUCAGCCUGGACAUUGUAGCUAGCAACGAAGGAGAGGCACUGCAGCUGGGAACUCUAAAGCCACCAUCAUGCCUCUAUCAAAAGCUGGAUUUACGAGGGCAGCUAGAACAUGGGGUGCUUCCUCAGUGGUUCUGUUAUACUUCUCUGGCAGGCCUUCGGCAUUUGGGAUUGUCUUGGACUAGGCUGAGAGAGGACCCACUGCCCUGCCUGCAUGAACUGCCUAAUUUGGCUGUGCUGGGCAUGUACAAGGCGUAUGAUGGACAGGAGUUGUGCUUCCAUGCAGGAGGGUUCCCCAAACUCAAAUUCCUAAUGCUGGGUGGUUCGAACCAGCUUGAUUCAAUAGGCAUGGAGGAAGGGGCACUGCCAAGCCUGUCUGAGUUGUGCUUGCUGCGCUGCGGAGGAAUGAAGCUGCUACCUCAGGGCAUUGAACAUCUCACAAGCCUCCAAGUUUUGUACUUGAUGGAGAUGCCAAUAGAGUUCAUUGAGAGAAUGCGUGGCGGGAAUGGGAACAUCGAGGAGCGACAGAAGGUUCAACAUAUCCCCCUAAUCAAGCACGUAUUCCCGAGUGGAGACAAGUGGAUAUCAGAAACUCUUUCCUGA